UAUUCCAAUUCCAAAAACGGUUUCAUUCACGUAUCUAUCGCUAUUCCAAUUCCACAAACGGUUUCCCACGUUCUCUUUUUUCUACCGAACUGUUUCUAUUCCAAUUCCAAAACGCGGUCUCUAUUUAUAUCGAUUUGUGUCUUCUUCCUCUCAAUCUUCAUACAAAACUCUCAUCCACUCUCGAUCGUGAACGGUGGUGCAACCUCUUUCUCAGAUGAAACGGCGCCGGUUUUUGGUUGAAGGGUUUUUCACGAGACAGAAGAAUCAUGACCCGAACUGCAACAACAAUGACUCUGUUUCCUUACUCAGCCUGUCAAUUGUGGCUUCAUCCUUGCUUUCAUCAUCUCUUCGCCGUCAAUUGCUCGAUAUGAUCUUAUGUUUGUUUCUGGUACCGAAAAGUGUUUUAAUUAGUUUAUGUAAUUGAUGAUUUUGUGUGUUCUGUGUAGGUAAUUGUCGUAGUAAAGCCGCUGCAAUGUUUGAUAGCGGCGAUGGAAGGGACCUUCAGAAACCGUUCCUUCAUACGGGAAGUUGGUAUAAAAUGGGUUCCAGACAAUCCAGCGCUGCGGGGUCCUCCACUACCCAGGUUUUGCGCGAUGGCUCCGUUUCUGUUCUCUUCUGUGUCCUCAUCGCUGCUUUGGGUCCCAUUCAAUUCGGUUUCACGUGUGGAUAUUCUUCUCCAACGCAACAAGCUAUGAUCAAAGAUCUAAAACUCUCGGUUUCAGAGUUUUCUCUGUUUGGAUCUUUAUCCAAUGUGGGUGCGAUGGUGGGAGCUAUAGCCAGUGGUCAGAUAGCAGAAUACGUGGGACGCAAAGGGUCAUUGAUGAUUGCUUCAAUUCCCAAUAUAAUAGGGUGGCUCGCCAUUUCUUUUGCCAAAGACUCUUCCUUUUUGUUUAUGGGGAGGUUAUUGGAAGGUUUUGGUGUUGGUAUUAUUUCUUAUGUGGUGCCUGUUUAUAUAACUGAGAUAGCACCUGAGAACAUGUGAGGUAGCCUUGGAUCAGUGAAUCAGCUCUCUGUUACUAUUGGAAUAAUGCUGGCUUAUCUGUUAGGCCUUUUUGUCAACUGGAGAGUGCUUGCAAUCCUAGGUAAAUUCCUAAUGACCAGGUUUAUAAAGUUAAACAGUGUCAGUUAUGACGGGAAAGUAAAUUUGCUUGGGGAUAGUUUUUGUGUACUUCGUCGCCGACUGCUCGAUCUUAUGUCUAUUUCUGGUACCAAAGAUGUUCAAUUUGAUCAAGAGUCUGUGCUAUGCGAGAUUUUUGAAGAAUUUGUUACUGCUUUGGAUGAAUCAGUUGCUAGAAGUACCUCUAUAUGUGUAAUGGGUUUUCCUGAAUGCAAAAACAAUUGGGAUUUCUACUCAUGGAUUUCUACUCAUGGGGGAACAACCUCUCCCGUUCGAGGAUCAUGCAAUUCCGGCUGCUGACGACGAUGAGGACUACACUGGCGGCAAUGACGCCAUGAAUGAAUUGGAGUGGUCGGAUUCCAAAUUGUUGAUAUUUUUUAUCGACUCAAAUGACAAUGGGCGCGGUUACGAAAAAUGCUGCAUCAUUCACAACCAUAACUUUCAAUCUUCCCCUUCAAUCUUCUUUUACAACAGUUUUACAAAACUGUUUCUUAUUGGGCAAAGGUGUGAUAAAUUUAUAUGUUUUCCAUUCAAUUGAUGUUGGGGUUUUUGUCCCAGUUGCAUUAUCUAA